UGUCAAACGCCUCUGCUCCUCAAAUGUAACUCUCCAACUACCACUAUCUCGUAUCCUUAAACGACAUCCUCUUCUUCGUCAAAGUAAUUAUUUCAGAUAUCAGACGCACUCGAGAUAGCUUAUAACUAACCCCUAAUAUGCCUUCUUCAUUAGUUCAUUGCUUAUGCAUUUUCUUCUUGGUCCUCUUUUCAGCGGCAGUGGGCAGCGACGAUUUGCCAACAGCAUAUGAAAUUCUGGAGGAAUACGACUUUCCGGUGGGUAUACUCCCGACGGGCGUGACUAGCUACGAAUUCGACAACAGCACCGGCAAGUUCGCCGUAUACUUCAACAAGACAUGCAGUUUCGAAAUCGAGAGCUACAGCCUCCAGUACAAGUCCAAAUUAACUGGAACACUUUCUGAGGAUAAGCUCAGCAACUUGAGUGGCGUUCAGGUGAAGCUUCUUUUCUUCUGGGUCAACAUUGGGGAAGUCGCUCGUGUAGAUGACGAGCUUGAUUUUACCGUUGGGAUUAUUUCAGCUGACUUUCCCAUUGAUAACUUCUAUGAGUCUCCCCAGUGUGGAUGUGGGUUUGACUGUGUGAAUUCAGGAGGAAAAAGUAUCCGCAAGUUCACUUCUUCCUCUUAAAUUAAUUAGUAAUCCCUUUCUACUGUAUUGUUUAUUGCUGUUGUUCAGUUUAAUCUUUGUUAGCUCAGAUGGCACAAUGACUAUAAGCUAGCUUCCUUCUUGCUGUAAUAAAGGUUAAAAUUGAAGUUGAAUAUACAAUUCCAAGCACAAAAAUUCUCGGAGCUUAAGUUAUAGGAGUAGUAUAUAUUAUUAGUGAAAAAAUAUCUUUGUACUAUCAAGUCCAAAGUAUAUAUACAUGGAACCCUUCUUAAAAUGCAAGAUUUAUAAUUUUGAAAAAAAAAAAAAAAAA